CCAAAACACAAACACACUUCACUUAUCAAAAUACUCCUCCUUGAUUACGACAUCUACAUUGAAUCCAUUACCCCUUGGCCCCACCCAUGACUCCGUCGUUAACUUCUAUUCUACUCUAGUCAAUCACCACAUAUUCAUUUCUAAUUCAUCUCUAAUUUCACAAGAUUGAUAAUAACAAUAAUCCAUUUACAAUAUCCACCGGAGCUUUUUUUUUUCUUUUUUUUGUAUUCAUCAUCACGUUAAUCGGUACGCUACAUGUUCCUGUGUUUUAUCUAGCUUGUUUUUGAAGUCAAUUUUGUUAUAAAAACGCGUUUUCAGACUUUUAUCAACUUUUUUUUAAUUAUGUACGCUGAUUCGGUCCAUAUUAGUUCACGAACAACUGUGUGUUCUCGAGUUGAGUUGAGUUGAAUCGAAGGGUUUCGCCUUCGUGUUUGUAUAUACAUGAUGAAGUUUGUUAGAUUAAAGACGCAUAGGUUGAUGAUCUUGACGUUGAUUGUUUGCUUAUUGUGUCUGGAUUUGAGUGUUGGAUUAUCUGUUAAUGAUGAAGGUUUUUCUUUGUUAAGGUUUAGAGAUAGAGUUGCGAAUGAUCCGUUUGGGGCUUUGUCGAAUUGGAAGGAUGAUUUUGGAGUGCCUAAUCAUUGUUCUUGGUUUGGUGUCGAAUGCUCCAACGGGCACGUUGUAGCUUUGAAUUUAAUAAAUAUGCGGCUUGGAGGAACGCUUGCGUCGGAGCUUGGAAAUCUUGCUCACAUAAAGUCUAUAAUUCUGCGGAACAAUUCGUUCUACGGUAUGAUCCCUAACAAGAUUAGAAAAUUGAAGAAGUUGAAGUUGUUGGAUCUGAGGUAUAAUAAUUUUGAUGAUCAUGAUAAACUUUCAUUUGACCUUGAAGAUAGUCAACCCCCUAAGAUUAUAUUACUAGACAACAACAACAAGAAGAAGAAGAAUCUUGAUGGCAUUUCUCCUGAAGUUCAACAACUUACCUUGUUACCUAAAGCCCAACAAAGACUGCGGAACAUUGCUCAAACCGGAAUCAAGUCCCACCGGAAACUACUACAACUAUUCCCAGGAGAAAAUAUAAACGUUCCUGUACCAUCUCAGUUGACACCAUCACCAUCACCGUCACCAACACCAACACCGUCACCAUCACCAUCACCAACACCGUCCCCUUCACCUGCACCGUCAGCCAUCCCAAAUCAACCGUCGGCUCCCACUCCUCCCGGAACCACUACAUCAACACCUUCCCUUCCUCCACCACCAUCCGCUACAAGUAGUGGAAGCUCAAAUAACCAUAUUCCUUUAAUAAUAGGUGUUGUUAUCGGCGUUUUCGCUUUGGUUGCCCUUGCAGCAUUAGUACUAUGGCGGUGCAACAAAGUGGCGACCGUUAGACCUUGGGCCACAGGACUAAGUGGACAAUUACAAAAAGCAUUUGUCACGGGGGUUCCAAAGCUAAAGAGAUCGGAACUAGAGGCAGCGUGUGAAGACUUCAGCAAUGUAAUCGGUUCAACAACGUUCGGGACUGUAUAUAAAGGGACAUUAUCAAGCGGGGUUGAAAUAGCGGUUGCUUCUGUGGCUACACCUUCAGCUAAAGAUUGGUCAAAGCAACUUGAGAGCCAGUUUAGAAAGAGGAUUGACAUGUUAUCAAAGGUGAACCAUAAGAAUUUCGUCAACCUUCUUGGAUUCUGCGAGGAAGAUGAGCCGUUUACUAGAAUGAUUGCGUUUGAAUACGCUCCUAAUGGAACACUCUAUGAACAUUUACAUGUACAAGAAUCAGAGCAUUUAGACUGGGGAAUGAGAAUGCGGAUCGCAAUGGGAAUGGUGUACUGUCUUGAUCACAUGCACAACCUAACCCCACCGAUAUCCCACAAGAACCUAAACUCACCAUCGGUUAACUUAACCGAAGACUACGCAGCCAAAAUAUCAGAUUUCGGCCUAUGCAAUGACUCCUACACCACAACCACAGAGCAGCCCACCCCUGAAAACAAUGUUUACAGUUUCGGUGUUAUAUUAUUCGAGAUAAUAACGGGUCAAAUCCCUUACGCUGGAGGUGAUGCAGUGGAUGAUUGGGUAAUAGACUAUUUAAAAAGCGAAAAGCCCAUGAUCGAGUUAGUGGACCCGAGUUUAGAUUCUUUCGACGCAGAUCAACUGGAAGCGAUCGGCAGUUUGAUAAGAUCGUGUGUUAGUUCUGACCCGAUAAGACGUCCCAAAAUGAGAGAGGUGUGUUCUAGAUUAAAAGAGAUAACAAGAAUAGCACAAGAUGGAGCUACACCUAAAAUAUCACCACUUUGGUGGGCAGAACUUGAGAUAUUAUCAACCGAAGCAACAUAAUCGGCGUAAGCGUUUGCUCGUCGUCUUUUCUGUCUUGUAAACUAAUUCGAAUGAGAAUAUAUAUACCUUAUAUAUACAUAUAUAUAGUUAUAUAUGGUAGAUGUUGUACAUAGAUAGAAGAAGAAGAUGAGAGUUGUUUGAUUUUGGAAAGUUCUGUUUCACAAGUUUUGUGUAUUUCACAAGCGUGUCUUGACAACCAGCAUGUGUUUAUCCCAUUUGCUUUUGAUA